AUGGAGGCAGUGGCCGUGUAUCAUGGCAAAAUCAGCCGCGAGACCGGGGAAAGGCUCCUGCUGGCCACGGGUCUGGACGGCAGCUAUUUGCUGAGGGACAGCGAGACCAUCCCGGGUGCCUACUGCCUGUGUGUGCUGUUUCAAGGUUACAUUUAUACGUAUCGAGUGUCCCAGACAGAAACCGGUUCUUGGAGUGCUGAGACAGCUCCUGGGGUACAUAAAAGAUUUUUCCGGAAAAUAAAAAAUCUCAUUUCAGCAUUUCAGAAGCCCGAUCAAGGCAUUGUAAUACCUCUGCAGUAUCCAGUGGAGAAGAAGCCCUCUGCUAGAAGCACACAAGGUACUACAGGGAGAAGAGAAAGCCCUGAUGUCUGCCUGAAAGCACCGUGAAGAAAAAGAAAGCAC